AUGGAUAUAUCUAAGCCUGUUGGUGCGGAGAUCACCGGAGUUGAUUUCAGCAUCAUGACUGCUGAAGAGAUCCGUGGAUUGUCUGUGAAACAGAUUACGAAUCCUACGGUGCUGGAUCAUUUAGGUCAUCCUAUUCGGGGCGGUUUAUACGAUUUAUCGCUUGGAGCGUUUCUACGUAACUUGUGUGCUACGUGUGGAUUAGAUGAGAAGUUUUGUUCUGGUCAUCAGGGUCACAUUGAGUUGCCAGUUCCUUGUUAUAACCCUUUAUUCUUUAACCAGUUGUACAUUUACCUGAGGUCGUCGUGUUUGUAUUGCCACCGGUUUCGGUUGAAGGAAGCAGAGGUGCAUCGUUAUGCAUGUAAGUUGAAGCUGCUACAAUACGGUUUGAUAGAUGAGGCAUAUAAGGUUGACGAUAUAACUGUCAGCGGUAUGGAGGCUGCAUCCGACGAGGCAGAGGAAGAAGGAAAAUCUACAGAUAUUUCAGGAGCUGUUUUGCAAGAGCUGCGGAUGAGACGGAAGGAGUACGUUGAUCUACAGAUAGCUAAGGCGAUGUCCGAAGGUAGAACUUCAUCGUGCGGGACUUUUACUGCUACUGUGAAUGACGAGAGGAAGAAGGUUGUGCAAGACUUCUACAAGAGACUAUUAGGCAGGCCAAAGUGUGACAACUGUGGUAUGUUCUCUCCAAAGUUCAGAAAGGACGGCUUUACUAAGAUUUUUGAGACUGCAUUGACUGACAAGCAACUUACGAAUAACCGAGUGAAGGGCUUAAUCCGUGAAGAUAUGAUUAGGAAGCAAAAACAGAUUAGAAAGCUUGGUGGAGAGAAUGAGGAAGAGGUUGACGAAGAUUUCGGAUCUGGAAGAACCAUGAAUGCGAAGCAAUCCGCUGGUUCAACAUAUAUUCUUUCCACCGAGGUGCGUAACAUUCUAAGAGCAGUGUUCAAGAAGGAGCAGGAGGUUUUGCAAUAUGUUUUCCAUUCUAGACCAAAUAAGAGCAAAAAGAUGGUGAAGGCUGAGAUGUUUUUCAUGGAUGUGGUUGUUGUCCCAGCUACUAGAUUCCGUUUGCCAUCCAAGCUGGGCGAUGAAGUUCACGAGAACACACAGAAUCAAUUGCUAUCCAAAAUCUUAACCACAUCUUUGCUGAUCAGGGAUCUCAAUGACGAAAUGUCUAAGCUGCAAAAAGACAAGGUUUCUAUAGAGGAUAGAAAGGUCAUCUUCAACAGACUGAUGAAUGCGUUUGUGACUAUUCAAAAUGAUGUGAAUGCCUUCAUUGAUUCUAGUAAGGCCCAAGGUAACACUGGUGGAAAAGUUCCAAUUCCAGGUAUCAAGCAAGCUUUGGAAAAGAAGCAGGGUUUGUUUAGGAAGCAUAUGAUGGGUAAGCGUGUGAACUAUGCUGCGCGCUCGGUCAUUUCUCCAGAUCCAAACAUUGAAACCAACGAGAUUGGUGUUCCACCUGUUUUUGCUACCAAGCUUACUUACCCAGAGCCUGUUACUGCUUACAACAUUGCCGAAUUGCGUCAAGCGGUUAUUAACGGCCCUGACAAAUGGCCGGGUGCAACCCAAAUUCAGAAUGAGGAUGCUUCUUUGGUGUCCUUAAUUGGCAUGACGUUGGAACAACGUAAGGCGUUGGCCAACCAAUUGAUGACUCCUUCUGCUUACAACUCUACGCACGCUUUGAAUAAGAAAGUUUAUCGUCAUAUCAAGAACAGAGAUAUUGUCAUUAUGAAUCGUCAACCAACUUUGCAUAAAGCCUCCAUGAUGGGACAUAAAGUGAGAGUUUUGCCAGGAGAGAAAACCUUGCGUUUGCAUUAUGCUAACACAGGUGCAUACAAUGCAGAUUUCGAUGGUGAUGAAAUGAAUAUGCACUUCCCUCAAAAUGAAAAUGCAAGAGCUGAAGCCUUUAACUUAGCUAAUACUGAUUCUCAAUACUUAACCCCAACUUCUGGUUCUCCAGUGAGAGGUUUAAUUCAAGAUCAUAUUUCUGCGGGCGUCUGGCUAACCAACAAGGACUCUUUCUUUACCAGAGAACAAUACCAACAAUACAUCUACGGCUGUAUCAGACCAGAAGCAGGUCAUACAAUGAGGGCAAAAAUCGUCACAGUUCCUCCAGCUGUUGUUAAGCCAAUUCCUUUAUGGACUGGUAAGCAAAUCAUAACCACUGUUUUGUUAAAUGCUACUCCAUCAGAUAUGCCUGGUAUUAACCUUGUUUCAACUAAUAAAAUUAAGAAUGAUUACUGGGGCAAGGGUUCCACGGAAAAUGAGGUUAUAUUCCAGAAUGGUGAGCUGCUUUGUGGUAUUUUGGAUAAAUCUCAAUACGGUGCUUCUAAGUAUGGUAUUGUCCACUCGCUGCACGAAGUUUAUGGUCCUGACGUUGCUUCUAAGGUACUAUCUAUUUUGGGUAGAUUAUUUACCAACUAUAUCACUUCCACAGCUUUUACAUGUGGUAUGGACGAUUUGAGAUUAACUGACGAAGGCAACAAAUGGAGGACCGAUAUUCUAAAAACUUCUGCUGAUAUUGGCUGUAUCGCAGCUGCAGAGGUUACGAAUUUAGAUAAGGAUGUGAAACGUGAUGAUCCAGAAUUGAUCAAGAGACUAGAGGAGAUCUUGCGUGACGAUAACAAGCUGGGCAUUCUUGAUGCUGUUACUUCUUCAAAGGUAAACGCUAUAACAUCUAAGGUUGUCUCCAAGUGUGUGCCAGGUGGUACAAUGAAGAAGUUCCCAUAUAACUCUAUGCAAGCGAUGGCUUUAUCUGGUGCUAAAGGUUCUAAUGUUAAUGUCUCCCAGAUUAUGUGUUUGUUAGGGCAACAAGCAUUGGAAGGUAGAAGAGUCCCAGUUAUGGUGUCUGGUAAAACUUUGCCGGCAUUUAAGCCAUUUGAAACUGACGCUAUGGCUGGUGGUUAUAUUAAAGGUCGUUUCUACUCUGGUAUCAAACCCCAAGAGUACUAUUUCCACUGUAUGGCUGGUAGAGAAGGUCUCAUCGAUACUGCUGUUAAGACUGCAAGAUCUGGGUAUUUGCAACGUUGUUUGACAAAACAACUUGAAGGUAUUCAUGUUUCUUAUGACAACACUGUCAGAGAUGGAGAUGGUACUCUAGUUCAAUUCUUGUAUGGUGGAGAUGCGGUUGACGUUACAAAAGAAUCCUAUUUGACGGAAUUCAAUUUCUGCGUUAAUAAUUGUGAUGCGUUAUUAAAGAACUACAACCCAUCUGCUCUAAUAGAACAUUUGGACGUUGAAUCUGCGUUGAAAUAUUCUAAAAAGGCAAUGAAACACAGAAAAAAGAAUAGCAAGGUACCUCAUUAUGUUCAAAAGAAUAAGUACGACCCAGUACUGGCAAAGUACAAUCCAUCUAAGUACCUUGGAGCUGUUUCAGAAAAAUUCCAGGAUAAACUAGAGGAAUUCAUUGAGUCUAAUUCUAGUUUGUUCAAAAACAAAUCAUCAAUUAAUGAAAAGAAGUUCAGGGCAUUGAUGCAGUUGAAGUAUAUGCGUUCUUUAAUUAAUCCUGGAGAAGCUGUUGGUAUUAUUGCAUCUCAAUCUGUUGGUGAACCAUCUACGCAAAUGACUCUAAACACCUUCCACUUUGCAGGUCACGGUGCUGCCAAUGUUACAUUAGGUAUUCCACGUAUGAGAGAAAUUAUUAUGACCGCAUCUGCUGCUAUUAAAACUCCACAAAUGAGGUUACCAAUUCUUCCCGAUGUUUCUGAUGACUCCGCCAAUCUUUUCUGUAAGAAUGUCAGUAAAGUUAUGCUUUCAGAAGUUGUCGAUAAUGUUACUGUUGUCGAAACUACUGGCUCUACUGGUGCUACCAGUGCUCGGUCAUAUGGGAUUACUAUAAAAUUCUUUGAUUCAAAAGAGUAUGGUGAAGAGUAUGAUGUUUCCAAAGAGGAGUUACAAACUGUUGUCUCUACGAAGUUCUUAGCGGCACUAGAAAGCGCAAUUGUGAAGGAGCUGAGGAAGCAGAAGAAGAGCACCGUACCUGAUGUUGGUGUUGCGGUACCAGCAUCACAAACAGAUUUUGUUGCUGCUGAGAAGGUCUCCAAUCCCGAAGAAGAGGACAACGAUGAAGAGCAAUCACGUAAAAAGCUCAAGCAAGCUGUUUCAUACGAUGAUCCUGAUGAUGAUGAGAUGGAAACUAUAAGACAGGCUGAAGAAACAUCUGAUGAGGAAGAAAUUUCUGAUAAAGAGAAUGAGGCCUUGAAGAGUGAAGGCGAUUCAGACUCUGAAGAUGAUAUUUCAGAACAGGCUGAAAAAGCUAAAUUCAUGAAUAGGUUGCAAAAGGAUCGUCAAUCUGCAAUUAUUUCUUCUCAUAGGUUUGUCUCUAAGUACAACUUUGACGAUGAAGAUGGAAAAUGGUGUGAAUUCAAGUUAGACCUAGCUGCUGACACGGAAAAAUUAUUGAUGAUCAAUAUUGUAGAAAACAUUUGUCGCCAAUCAGUUAUUAGAGAAGUGCCACAUAUCGACCGUUGUAUUUACCCAGAGGCUGAAAGUGACAAACGUGCAUUAGUCACAGAGGGUGUUAACUUUCAAGCUAUGUGGGAUCAGGAUGCUUUUAUUGAUGUUAAUGGUAUUACAUCUAACGAUGUCGCAGCUGUUCUGAAAACCUACGGUGUCGAGGCUGCUAGAAAUACCAUCGUUAAUGAAAUUAAUAACGUUUUCUCCCGUUAUGCUAUUUCUGUGUCAUUCCGUCAUUUAGACUUGAUUGCUGACAUGAUGACCAGACAAGGUUCUUACUUGGCGUUUAAUAGACAGGGUAUGGAAUCUUCAACUUCUGCAUUGAUGAAGAUGUCAUACGAAACGACUUGUCAGUUCCUAACGAAGGCUGUGUUAGAUAAUGAACAUGAAGAACUAAAAUCUCCAUCAGCUAGGAUUGUGCUUGGUAAGUUGAAUGCUGUUGGUACAGGUGCAUUUGAUGUCCUGACCGCAGUUCCUAAUGCCGCUUAA